AUGUUGGACGAAUGCCCCGAUUCUCAUGACCAUUCCGACUUUGCCGCUAAUCGCAAAUUUUACUCCACGGUCUUCAAAGAACACAAAAUGCUUGCUGAACACGUGCCGGACAGCAUACACGUUCACGCAUUUAGCGAUAGACUCAAUGUACUUCAUGUGCUUAUAAUGGGACCAUCCGGGACACCAUUUGACAGCACACCUUUCUAUUUUACAUUCGUACUUGGUAGUGAUUAUCCGGAGAAACCGCCUGAGGCACGUUACAUAUGUGGCUUAUUCACAAGAGCAACUCAAUCCCAAUCUUUAUCAAAAUGGAAAAGUCUGCACAAGUUUGCUAGGCACGUGGGUGUCGAAACAUGGAAUCCCGCAAAAUCGAAUAUUCUGCAAGUUCUGCUGUCAAUUCAAGCUUUGAUCUUGGUACCUGAACCAUACUACAACGAAGCUGGGUAUGAAUCCCGAAAGCAGCAAACGGAAAUGGUUGACCGUUCGAAGCGAUACAAUGAAACAGCUACAAUAAACUCCCUCGAGUAUCUUCUU